UUAAGUAGUAUACUUGGAGAUUUCUCGCGAAUCUCCAUGGGCAAGGACCAUGGGGAAGAGCUCGACUGUUCGAAAGUCCUAAUGUCAACGAGCACGUCAUCGGUUGGCUCUCGACAGUCGCUCUGUGGAGUUUGCGGUCGCGUCACCAUCGUCGCUCACUCUAGUGUUGUGACAGUGACGAUCGUGUUGGACGAUGAAGAAACCAUAUGAUUUCAAAGUGUUGGGUGACUGUAAGUUCCCGCUGCAACUGAGCAGCGAAUGCGUCGAUGAGGCUUUGAAUUUCACCCCUCGCGAUGGCGAUAUUGGCGUAGUCACGUAUCCUCGGAGUGGAACCACGUGGACUCAACAGAUCGUUCUCCGGCUGCUCAGAUUCGACGAAAACCUCGAGUCGUGGAGUCAGCUCUACUCGAAGAGCCCUUGUUUGGAGCUACAGGGCACGAAAGGGAUUCUCGCAUCCGCGGUCCCUGUAUUCUAUAAAACCCACAUACCUUUUCAUCGCUCACGCUUCAACCCCCGAUCGAAAUACAUUUGGGUGAUCCGCAACCCAAGGGACGUGUGUGUCUCCAGCUAUCACCUGUACUCGGAUCUUCAUCCGGCUUUCUGGAGCAAGAAAUAUCCCCUGAAAGAGUUCGUGAAGCAUUUCUGCGAAGGCGAGGUGUACUACGGAGAUUACUGGGACCACUUGCGGACUUGGAAGCAGAUCGAAGAUGAGCCCAACGUGCUCACUCUGGUCUAUGAGCAAAUGAAGAGAGAGCCGCGUUCAUCCAUAAUACGGAUAGGGGAGUUCCUGGGAGGUCGAUGCUCAGAGUUGGUCAAGGACGACCAGGUAGUCGAGCAGCUGCUGGCCGCAACGUCCGUCAAAGCUACGAGAAAACAGGCCAAUGUCGGUUUUCUUCGAAAUCUCACCCGUUUCGACAAACUCGAAAUCUCUAUGGCCCAAGGAUUUUUCCUGAAGGUUUGGAGGGUCAUCGGUAACGAUGUCAGCUUUGUUCGCAAGGGUGUUGUCGACGACUGGAAAAAUCAUUUCGAUCCGGAGGUGGAAGGUGUCUUCAACGCAUGGAUCCAGAAGCAGCCAGAUCACAGAGAUAUAAUGAAGCUCUUCGAUCAGAGCUAGCAGAGCACAAUAAAAAUGACCCGCACACUCGUUCA